GCGGUUGCGGCGUCUGCGGCGCCGGAGGCCUGAGGAGGCGUAGUCGCCUCAGGCUUCGCCAGGGGAGCGCCUCGGGGCUGGAUGCGACCUGCUCCUGCCUGGAAAAUCUCAAGCCCCCAGGUUUUCAGUGCGCGCCUGAGGUGGCAGUUUAUAUAAAGAAAGCACUGGAACCUGUGGCCACACCGUUCAAGAAUUUAAAAAUUUAGAAAAUGGAACCACCAUGUAUGUUAUGUGAAGAACAAGAGCCAGAACCACAGAAAAGCAUAGAGGAAACCAAACAAGUAGACGAUGAAGAUGCUGAACUGAUCUUUGUUGGAGUGGAACAUGUAAAUGAAGAUGCUGAGCUGAUCUUUGUUGGGAUGACCUCAAAUUCAAAACCAGUCGUUUCAAACAUAUUGAACAGAGUUACCCCAGGUUCGUGUUCAAGGAGAAAACAGUCUGGUCACUUCAGAAAAGAUAAUGCUCACAAAUUGCGGCCUGUAAGUCAUGUGAUGCCUACAUCAGAAGCAAUGACUGUCUUACCAGUUUCUGACUCUGAAUCAAGAUCAACAGAUAGUCCUAUUAUUAUUGAGCCUUUGUCUAAACCUGAUUAUAAAAAUAAUUCACCACAAGUCGUGCCUAUUAGCUCUUCAGAGUUAUGUUCUCCUCCUUUGAUUACCUUCACAAGUUCAUUGCAGCAUCCAGUAGGAGCAGCACUUUCUACAGGAGGUAUGAAUAAAAGUCCUCGUGUAACAAAACGACUUUCCACUUCUGAAACAAAUAGCACAAAUCCCCAAAGGCCUAAACUCAGUAAUGGAAUCAUAGGGGGACACUCUUUAGCUCUGGCCCCUUCAGGUAUCUUUCAUACAAUGACAGCUCAGCAAAGCACACCCUCAGACAGUGUUCAUACCUCAUUAAGCCAUGUUCAUAAUGGAGGACCUUGUCCAACAGCUUUUCCAAAGGACAGUGUUCAAUGCAAGCCUAUAAGUCCUUUUGGGGAAAAUGGACUGGCAAAAACAGACUUUUCGAGUCUAGCAAGUCAAAACAAGACUGUUGAUCCCACGAAAGGAAAUCUGAUCGUGUUACUUCGUGACUUUUACUAUGGACAGCAUGCAGGAGAUGGGAAGCCAGAACAGAAGACUCACACAGCCUUUAAAUGCCUCAGCUGCUUGAAAGUUCUAAAAAAUGUCAAGUUUAUGAAUCACAUGAAGCACCAUUUGGAACUUGAAAGGCAGAGGGGUGACAGCUGGAAAAACCAUACUACCUGCCAGCACUGCCACCGCCAGUUUCCCACUCCCUUCCAGCUGCAAUGUCACAUUGAAAGUGUCCAUACUUUCCAGGAGCCCUCUGCAGUCUGUAAAAUCUGUGAGUUGUCUUUUGAAACAGAUCAGGUUCUCUUACAGCACAUGAAGGACAAUCAUAAGCCUGGCGAAAUGCCCUAUGUGUGCCAGGUCUGCAAUUACAGAUCGUCAGCCUUUGCUGAUGUAGAAACACAUUUCAGAACAUACCACGAAAACACUAAGAAUUUGCUUUGCCCAUUUUGUCUCAAAAUUUUCAAAACUGCAACACCAUACAUGUGUCAUUAUAGAGGACACUGGGAAAAGACUGUUCACCAGUGUUCCAAAUGCCGGUUACAGUUUUUAACUUUCAAGGAGAAAAUGGAGCACAAGACCCAGCGUCAUCAAAUGUUUAAGAAGCCUAAGCAACUAGAAGGAUUGCCUCCUGAAACAAAAGUUGUUAUCCAGGUGUCACUAGGACCUCUUGAACCAGGAUCAGUGGAAUUAGCAUCCAUUACUGUGAACACAUCUGAUUCUGAACCUUCACCCCCCAGGUCUAAAAGUAGAAUUUCAAAAAAAACCCAUUAAUUCUACUUUCAGUAAAUCUGAAGCAAAUACUUCAUUCAAAGUUAAAAACCCCACUAAAAACAAAAAUCCAAAUCAUAACAUUAUUCAAUAACAUCAAAUAUAGUGAAACCAAUGGAUCAUUUAUGAGGUUUUUCUAAAAACUCAUGAAGUACAAUAUUGUUUGAUCUGAAUUUUGAGAUAUUAUUUAAAAAUAUAUUACCUGAUUUUCAUAUAACUAUCUGGCUUAACACAUAAAAGGGGUGUGUGUGUGUGUGUGUGUGAAUGGGGGUGGGAAGAGAGAGAAAGAGAAAAGUGAAAACCUAUAUUAUUUUGGUAUUUCGUGUUAUUUGUAAGUUUGAAAGCUCUGCUAUACAUAUAAUCUGUAGAAUUUUUUUAACAACUUAAUUUUAUUUUCAACUUUUUCCAUGCCUUGAAGAUUUCAAUAUUAACUAUAGCCAGACUGAAAUGGCUUUGUUAUGGCAUGGUCCCGUUUGCUGCUGAACUCUCAGAAGUGCCUCUGUUGUGCUGAUCUAAAACAACCUGGCUCUGAAAGCCUUGGUGUGGAGAAGUUGACGGAGACCCUGUGGUGUGAAUGGGGACCAGAAACAGGGAAUUCAGUCAGUUGAGAGCAGUGGCUCCUUGUCCCAGUUGAGGAAGGGGCACACAUUCACUCCAGGCUUGGAGCCAAGGCAGAAGGAACACUGUCUCAGACUGUCUUUACCUAGCCCAAGGACAUCCAAGGAAGCCAAACGAUUAAAAUAAAAUGCCUGUGUUUGGUGAGGGGCCCCUGCAGGCAUCAAGCAGUACUGUGUAUUGUCGGCUUCAGAUGGGGAAGUAGAGAUAAUUAAUAGAAUGGGACCUGGUGCCAGGGGACCUCCUUUUGACUGAUCAAAAGGGGAAUUUGAUUUGUUCUCUCACCUCUCCCAUCUGGCUGGCCUUUAGUCAGAAUGGACUAGCCAUAUCUCUCUCAGUCACAGCAGUAAAGCAAGUUAAGGUUCCCAAGGAAAAAAAUCCCUGACAUCCAUAGUUUGAUCUGUACUGGACCCAUAGUUUUAACUGAAAAGGGCCAAACACAUGGAAUCUGUCCAGUUUAUGAAUUGGGCUAAGUUUAGUUCUCUUACCCUUAAGCUGGAAUGGGGUUGUCCAAGAAAAGUAGGAAUAGUGGAUAAAAAUAGUUAAGAGUGAUUAAACUCAUUAUAGGACUUUUCCUAACACAUUUCCAAUUACAUGUAUCUUACCCUACUUGAACAUGUGAAGUUUGCAAUUUUGUAUCUUGCCUUGGACAUGAAUGUAUUACAGUUAACAGUUAAUUCUUUGUGUGUAUAAUUUCCCAUUUUUUCAAACUAAUACUGGUUUGGGUCUUACUUGACGCACUCCAAUGUGCCAGAAAUGUCUCAUUUAUUUCAGUAAUUAUCAGGUUAUAGGGUUAUUAUCCUUCAUUUGAUCUAUCAACUGUCUAAUCUGUGAAUAUACUUGCCGGAACCUUUUUCCUUGCCAUCUCCAAGGGCUCUUUCACAGAACUGGGGUACCCUCUAAGUAUUGGUUCCUGAACAUCAGCAGCCUUGGUUGCCUCUGUGGGCUCCUGGAGUUGAGUCUCCCUAGGCAUGUUUUAGUGCCAUCCCUUCUCGCUCCAUCUCCAGCCCAGGUACCUAGCAGGCUCUGUGCACCACUCAAGGAAUCUGGGAUCCUGGCUGUAGACCUGUGCCAGGAGAAAUCUCUCCCUUUUUCUGUUGCUUUCUCCUCUUUAAAGGUACUUUAUCUCUCCCCACUCCUUUUUCCCUCUCCUCAAUCUAGUUAAAUUUUCUAAGCUUUCACAAAACGCUGGAAAGGUAUAAUCAUCAAGGGGUUAGCAUCCCUCUUAGAAUUGAGGAGGAAGGACUACAGAUAACAAAGUUGUUGUGAGUAUAUCAUCCAUAUUUUAGAUAAUUUCCUGAGUGUAGAUUCUGUUGUAUUUAUUUGCUCAAUGCUUGAUUGCUUGAUUUGCACUUUGAAUAUUUUACUAGGCCUUUCCAGUUAGUUUGCUUGGGCCAAAGCACUUUGGUAAAAUUUCAGCUUGAACCCCUUUCUUUAGGUGUAGAAAGAGUGUGUGUGUGUGUGUGUGUGUGUGUGUGUUCUGAUCUCAGGUGGAAACUUCUAUAUAUAAAUAGAUGUGCAGACUUUUGCAUACUUAUCUCCCUUAUUCUGUUUCUAUGGUAAAAAUAUGAAGUGUUUUAGUUCUUUUUGUUUGUGGUUGCUUAGUGUUAUCAACCCUGUUACUGUUGUUUGCUCUGAAGUAUGCUCCUAAGGAGCACAAGUUGUUAUUUAUUGCCAACUAAAGUUCCAGUGAUAUGGCCCCUGACUACCUCCUCUCUUCCAUUCUCUGUCGUGCUACUCUGCCAUUUUCCCCACUGGUGCACUAUUUUUGACACACUGGCCUUGCUUUUCCUCAAGCAAAUUCCAUUUCUUCCCAAUCCAAAGACUUUGUAACUGCUGUUCUCCCUUGGAAUGCUCUUCCCCUAGGCCUGCAUGGCUUGCUACCUCGUUUAAUUGUUUGACACUUCCUUUGGUAUAUUGAGCUUCACCAGUGUUGUUAAAAUCACACAGUGAAAUCUCCAACCCACCCCCCUUUUUUUCCUCCUCCUAAAUGCACUUUAAGUCUCCACACUCUUCUUCCCUAUCAGUCUAAAUUUCCUAGGUUUUCACAAAAAGUUGGGAAGAGAUAAUUAUCAAGGGCUUUGCUUCUCUCUUAGAAUUGAGUUUGCUUGAGUCAGUUUCUGUGCCUGCAAAUAGAAGACAAUAGUGAGUUGAGUUCUUUCAAGAGCUUUCUCUGUUUUUCUAUUGAUACCUCUAUAUUUUUUUAAGGCA